AUGGAGUCCAGCGAGUGGGAUCACGCGACCUUGAGGGAAGAGGAAUUCGAGCAGCAUGCCGUGUAUUUGGUACCGGAUGUGGGAGCGUCGCCGGGCGACACCAAUCGCGCGGAAGCCUCCCUGCCGAGGAAUUUGGUCCUCAAGCCUUCGCAGAGCCUCCACGAUGUGUUGGGAGUUUGGAGCACAAGUUACAUACCGAAGGGUACACGGUUCGGACCGCUCGUGGGCCAAGUGUACACCAAGGACUCGGUACCGGCCGACGCGAACCGGAAAUACUUCUGGAGGGUAAGAAAGAAA